GUCUUUGCAAUUCUUGUGCCUUCUCGCGCGUUCGACAAGCACGCAGGAGCGACGGAAUAAUCUCGAAGCGAGCCUACGAACAUAUAUAACCAACCGGCCGGCGAUACCGACAGUCAGUUGAAUCUGAGCAACGAUACGAUAAACGUUAUUCGAUAAGAAACAAAAGCGAAAAUGGCCUUAAUUCCAACAUUGUUCCGUGACUGGUGGGAUGACUUUGAGCGUCCAAGCCGCCUCCUCGACCAGCACUUCGGCAUGGGCAUGACGAGGGACGAUCUGUUCAACACUGCUAUCUCACCAAGUUUCCGUAGUUACUAUCGUCCCUGGCGCAACAUGCUCGAGCAGUCUGGUGGUUUGUCAAAAAUUACCAACGACAAGGACAAGUUCCAGGUGAACAUUGACGUCCAGCAGUUCUCGCCGAACGAGAUCACCGUCAAAACCGUCGACAACUCCAUCGUCGUCGAAGCCAAGCACGAGGAGAAGAAGGACGAACACGGUUUUAUCUCACGCCAAUUCGUGCGCCGUUACGUUCUUCCAGAGGGACACGACGUCGCCAACGUGCAGUCCCAUCUCUCCUCCGAUGGUGUGCUUACUAUCAGUGCACCUAAGCUGGCUCUUCCCGCUCCGGGCGAGAAAAUUGUCCCAAUCCAGCAUACCGCUGCUCCCGCUGUAAAGAAUGUCUAGGUGUGCACGAGGUUGUAUGUUUGAGUCUGAACAGAAUGUUGUGUGUCAACGCAGAAUUAAAUUUAUUUUAAUGAUAGUUGUCAAGUGUGCUGCUCUGGUAAAGCAUGUAUUGAUGUCAGCUAAGAUCUACUGUUAACUUAUUCAUAUAAUUUUCUCUUUCUAGAUUGAUUAAAUUACAUACAUUAUAUACAUGCUAAAGUUGCCAAACUGCGACUUCAAAUGUCGCCAAUAUGAGAAGUGUGCGGUUUUGUGAGUAGUUGGCUGUAAAACAAUAGUCAUUGUAUUUGUACAAAGAUUGUGCGAGAGAAUGCAAGAGUAGUAAGUGUGUAUACAAAGCAUUUGAGAUCUUUCAACUAUCAUUUUACAUGUAUCGACUGUCAAACUAUCAAAAAAUUUAAGUAUUAUCGCUGAUAAUUCUUUCAUUAAAUAUGUUAUUUAAUAACAAUUGUGAUAACUUAACAUUUUUUUGUAAUAGAUUGAAACUCGUUCCACACCAAGUUUUUUUUACUUGACAAAAUCAAACUGUUCAAUUAUGUACUAUUAAUACAUUUGGUUUAUUAUUGUACUACAUUUUAUUGAAUAAAGCCUUCAAUUU